AAGUAUGUAUUAUUGAAAUCCUAGUGAAAUAUGUCGAACAGAAACACUCCGAGUAAACUAUCCUCGGCAUAUAAGAAACUAAAAGCUCAACAGAGAAACUCUCCAGCUAAAGCUGAGAUUGAGAAGAAGCCGUCCCAACCUAUCCGUGUUCAAUCUCCUGGUAUUGAUAGACAGGAGCGGGUUCUAGCUCCUGCUACUAGUAGAUCAGGACCAGUCGGAAGCAAUGUAAUCAUCCUUAUAUCUAGUAGUGAUGAUGAUGAAGCAGAGGAAGAAAAUGUUACCUUAAAAAAAUCUUGCGAGUCUUUAAUCGGACGAAACUCGCGGAGAAACUCAACAAUUUUGGCGGGAAAUCUAACGGUUUUAGAUUCUGAUGAAGAAGAUGAAGAUGUGUCUAGACGAGUUUCAAUCUUCACCAAUCAAUCUUAUAUCAGGAGAACUAGCAUCCAUAGCUCCAGGAAGGGGAGAGACCAGGGCAAGGAUGCUUCCAGACCUCUUCCCCUCCAGGAGAUAACAGAGGAUGAAGAGAAUGAUCUGAUAACGGAGGAUGAAACUAACUUUUACUCCUGUGAGGAGGGACAGGAUGAUCCAAUGAACCGUGGUGGUGUUCUAGAUACUUGGAUGUCCUCAGAUACUAUCAGAUCUGUUAGAAACCUGCAUCAAGAUGCUGAGAAAGAAAAAACCAGGUUGAGUGAAGACAAGAGAGUAGAUACUGAGACCGAGUCCCUGGAACUAGUUCUAAGUGAGACUACUUGCUCCGAGGUUCGGUACAAGAAUACUCCGGGUAUAAUCCUUAGCACAGGCAACCUUUCACAGAGUAUAGAGAAAACACCAACCAAUAAAUUUCCCUCAGCGCCACAAUCAAGUACGGUUAAGGCGUCUAGAUUAUUUUCAAUAAAAAAGAACACUUAUACCCGUGGAGGUGUUGGGAGGGUUAUCAUCGGUGGCAGUGACUCGGAGAGUGAUGAUGAUCAACCUCUUGUACAGAAAAAUCUUUCCUUUAACAAAUACCGGGACGGGAACAGGACGGUUAUCAACUCCGAUGACGAUCUACCGUCUCCGAACAUUAAAUUAUUAUCGGAUUCUAAAUUCCACCGAGUGAACUCCUGGUUGAGUAAUGUUUCUGAUCCAGCGAAGAGAAGGGAUAGUUGUGAUAGUUUAAUGGAUAGUACAGUAGAGGUUGAAGAGGAUGGUAGAGCAGAUAUUACUGAGGAUCUUAGCCCUGAACCUACUGGAAGCAAAGGAACAAGUAAGCACGACGGAAGUUGGAGGGAUGAAACUGAGAAUUCUCAUGAUAAUAGGUCUGAGAGUAGAAGCCACAGAAAAGCAGAAAACACAAAUGAGGGCGGUAAAAAAUCGGUUAGGAGUUCUCAUCAGAGUCAAAGUCAAGGAACAAGCAAGGCGGGCCUAAGUUCAAGGAAUGAUUCUCAAAGUCAAGCAACUAGCAAAGCGGGUGGAACCUGCAACAAUGAUUCUCAAAGUCAAGGAACUAGCAAAGCAGGUGGAACCUGGAACAAUGACUCUGAAAGUCAAGGAACUAGUAAAGCAGAAGGAAGUUGGAACUGUGACUCUGAAAGUCAAGGAACUAGUAAAGCGGGAGGAACAUGGAACUACAAUUCUCAAAGUCAAGGAACCAGUAAAGCCGGAGGAAGUUGGAACAAUGACUCUCAAAGUCAAGGAACAAGCAAAGCUGGAGGAAGUUGGAAUAAUGACUCUCAAAGUCAAGGAACAAGCAAAGCCGUAGGAAGUUGGAACAAUGACUCUCAAAGUCAAGGAACAAGUAAAGCCGGAGGAAGUUGGAACAAUGACUCUCAAAGUCAAGGAACCAGCAAAGCUGGAGGAAGCUGGAACAAUGACUCUCAAAGUCAAGGUACUGGUAAAGCGGGUGGAACCUGGAUCACUGACUCCCAAAGUCGAGGAAACAGUAAAGCUGGUGGAACCAGGAACAAUGUCUCCCAAAGUCACGGAACCAGUAAAACUAACAGAAGCUUGAUUAACGGCCCCUUAUACAAUGGAAAUAGAAAUAAAUCUAAUAGUCAAGGAAACCAUGUAAGUUCUAACAACCAAUCCAGAAGCUUUAGUGAUUCGGAUAGAUUUGUUCCUCUCACAUAUCACUCCGUGUCACGGAGUCCUAAUGGAUCUGUUAAAGGAAAAAUCGUGUAUGGUAAUGAUAGUGUGGAGUUCAAUCAAACCAUUGAGAAUCCUUUUUUUCAGAAGAAAAACAAGAACAAACCUCCGGUGUUGGGUGAGUCGACUAUACGGACAAAUAUGACGAUAGACAACUCCGUGAACGCUGUGAGAUCCUGGACCCAGGUGGAGACCACCCAAGUAUCCUCUGUAAUCUCAGAACGGAAGGAAAUGCAAGCAGAAUCAUCGAGCGAGGACGAUCUAGAAGGAUUUCUCAACAAUCUCAAGAUAUCAAGAACUGCUAAGAAGAAGGUUGUGAGUGAUGAUGAGUUUAUAGUUCCAGAUGAUGAGCUGGAUUCCAGUGAUCCUGGAACCCCGGGGCUCAGUCUAAUGGAUAGGAUCAGGAGAAGGAAGGAUGGUAUUGAAGAACCGAAAACUAAAAAGAAAACUGCCGAAAAAAAGAAAUCAAAAACUAAACCUGCUCCCAAUUAUUCUCCCAAUUCUAGCGGUGAACUCCCAUCUCCUGAGCCAGUUAAAACCAAAACCAAAAAACCCUUGAUAGACUCAGAUGAUUCUGAUUCCGACUCCCUGGUCCGAAUCAAAACCAAGAAAAGCGCCCGAAAGAAGAACGUUAUAGUGUCGGAUUCUGAGUCUAGUAUAACCGUAUCUUCCGACUCGGAAAGAUCCGUUUCUCCGACUCCAAUUAAGAGCAAGAAACCAAUUAAAAAGACAACCUCAAUCUCAGUGGGGGAACCCAAAGACAAACCUGUGAACCCGGAAGAUUUGCAUACUCCCAAACCUAAAAAAUCCACGAAAAAACUACAGCUGCAAGGAGCUGAGGUGCUAGGAACUCCCAAAACUUUAACCUUCCUCUCUUCCCUAACCAUUGAUACUCCGCGUCAUAGAUGUCACCCGGACGCUCUCAAGUAUAUUUCUGAUUUUAAAAAGAAGAAGGAAGAACUUUCCAAACGUUUAUAUCAUCUGUAUAACAAAGAAAUAUUUGAUGGAUGUUUGCCUGCUGAUAUGGAGAUUACGUGGAACGUAAGACUGACGAAAACUGCCGGACUGUGCUACUCUAAAAGAUAUAGGAACAAGUUUAAUAUUGAAGCAAGAUCAAGCAGAAUUGAACUCUCCGUUAAGGUUCUGGAUAGUGGGGACAGGUUACGUGAUACUUUGAUACAUGAGAUGUGCCACGCAGCGUCCUGGAUUAUCUCAGGAUACAGAGAUGGUCACGGACCUCUGUGGAGAACCUGGGCUGAGAAAGCAAUGAGUAGGUUCCCUGAACUCCCAGUUAUAGAUCGCUGUCACAGUUACCAGAUCAGAACCAAGUAUUCAUAUGUCUGUGAGAAGUGUGGAUAUCAGAUAGAUCGACACAGCAAGUCCCUGGACACUGAGAGGAAGGUAUGUGGUCACUGUCACGGGAAGUUCCGGCUUCUCGUGAAUACAUCAAACAAGGAGAGCUCCAGGCCUACCCCUGGUCCACCGAAGACCCCCAAUGCCUUUGCUCUGUUUGUCAAGGAAAACUACAAGGUUCACAAGAAACCAGGAGUUAAUCACAAGGAUGUUAUGUCAAUUCUCAGUCAAGAAUUUGCAAAAGUAAAACUCAAAAAUGGGAAAUAAAUCCGUCCAGGCCUUUUAAACAUGAAAUAUUUAUGAAUUAUGAAAUUUACUUAAAGUAUUCCUAUAAAAUAAUGUUUUCAAUAUUGACUACAUACAUAUUAAAACAUGUUGUGCGUUUGUUAGUAAACAUUUCUUAUGUUUAGAAAUUAAUUACCAGAUUAUUCCAGAAA